UUUUCUUCCUAAUUUGCGAGCGUUGUUUCCUUGUACAGUUCGAUUGUCUACAAUGGCUCGUUCUCAGAUAAAAUAUUUGAGUCAGGAAGACGCGCAGCAGCUUGAUCAGGAAUUAUUCAACGAAUAUUGCUACUCUGUUGAUCAACUGAUGGAACUUGCAGGCCUGAGUGUAGCAGCUACUGUGGCUAAGUGCUAUCCGAUUGGUCAGCUGCAGCCUGAGAGAGUUCUUGUUUGCUGUGGACCGGGAAAUAAUGGAGGAGAUGGUCUCGUUGCUGCAAGACAUCUAAGAAUAUUUGGCUACAACACUUCAGUUUUCUACCCCAAACGCACAGACAAGACACUUUACAAAAAUCUCACCACUCAGUGUGAGCGUUUCGAAAUCCCUUUCUUGGACACUCUACCCGACUCUGCAGCUGACGUGGACAAGCAGUAUGGCCUUGUUGUUGAUGCACUUUUUGGUUUCAGUUUUAAAGGCAACGUUAGACCGCCAUUUGACCGAGUACUAUCUAUACUUAAAGACAUCAAAGCACCUGUUGUUGCAGUUGAUAUUCCGUCAGGAUGGCAUGUCGAAGAUGGCAAUCCUGAGGGUCUUCAACCCGACUGUCUCGUCUCACUGACGGCCCCUAAGGAAUGUGCUCGUCACUUCCAAGGUCGUUUUCACUUUUUGGGAGGACGCUUCGUUCCUCCUGGAAUACAAGCAAAGUACCACCUUAGUCUACCUCCUUAUGCCGCUGCUGAACAAUGUGUCGAACUUCCAAGAACUUUGUGAAGACAGACUGUUGAUUGGAGUUGAUUUGAUGUAUUGAAUAGUUGUGUACAUGAAUGAUUGGUAUUGCCUGGACUGUACAUGUAUACAGAAGUACAGUGUAUUCUAAAUUGAAGUAAAAU